AUGGCUUUGGUGAUUGAUACGUUUGAAGUCCCCUCACUGCUUAUAUCUCGGAAGCUUUUCCGGUCUUUGAAAGUUAUGGAUAUAGAGGAGGUGUCUUUAGAGACAAUAGAAGAUGUUUUGACGGUGGAAGGGAUAUACAGCAUCCAUAAGGAAUGCUUUUCAUAUGACGAUAUUAGAUGGAUGAAGUAUUACUUCAAUGAGGUUGUGGAGGUGUUUGCCAAUGUUCAAUACAUCAACAAGAGUAAGAAGGUUGUGAAGUACUAUUCUAUAAUUCGGGAUUUGGAUGGGACUGCCAUAGACUUGGUGGAGAUUAAAGAGAAUGAAAACGAAGAGAUACAUGACAAGACAGCAUUUCUUCCUUACAUCAAGGCCCAAGGCGAAGAGAUUGUUAUUUUUCCGGAUGAUGAGGAUUAG